AUGGUUUUGAAGGUGUUGAAGCGCAUGUCACAGGCGGAUAAUGUAUUCCAAUCGCUGCGUCCGCUCACCUAUAUAUCGCUGGUGGGCCUGGCACCAUUCCAGCUGAACCUCAACUCGGACAAGGAGGUGCACACUUCGUCGUAUUCCUUCAUAGCUGGCAUUGUGCACUUCCUCUUCUUUGUGCUGUGCUUUGUGGCAUCCAUACGCGAGGGCGACUCCAUCAUCGGCUACUUCUUCCAGACGAACAUCACCAAACUGGGCGAUGGCACACUGCGCCUUACUGGCAUCAUAGCCAUGUGCACCAUCUUCGGAUUCGCCAUGUUCAAGCGCCAGCGAUUGGUCAGCAUUAUACAAAACAAUAUCAUCGUGGAUGAGAUCUUUGUGCGCCUGGGCAUGAAGCUGGACUACCGCCGUAUUCUCCUCUUCACCUUUCUCAUCUCCAUGGGCAUUGUGAUCUUCAACGUUGUCUACAUGUGUGUCAGCUAUGGGCUGCUGGUCAGCGCCACCAUUUCGCCAUCCUUUGUCACCUUCACGGCAUUCGCGCUGCCCCACAUCAAUAUCAGCCUAAUGGUCUUCAAGUUCCUCUGCACCACCCACUUGGCCCAGAGUCGUUUCAGUAUGGUGAAUGAGAUUCUCCAGGACAUUCUGGAUGCUCACAUUGAGCUGAACAGCGCUUUGGAGCUGUCGCCCAUGCAUUCGGUGGUGAACAAUCAUCGGUAUGCGCAUCGGCUGCGUAAUUUGAUCAGCACACCAAUGCAAAGGUACAGUGUUACGUCGAUAAUACGCCAGAAUCCAGAGUACGCCAUAAAACAGGUGGCCAACAUACAUAAUUUGCUCUGCGACAUUUGCCACACGAUCGAGGAGUAUUUCACCUAUCCGCUGCUGGGUAUCAUUGCCAUAUCUUUCCUCUUCAUACUCUUCGACGACUUCUAUAUACUGGAGGCCCUGUUGAAUCCGAAACGCUUGGAUUAUUUUGAAGCCGAUGAGUUCUUUGCCUUCUUCCUAACUCAAAUGAUCUGGUACAUUGUGAUCAUAUUUCUGAUCGUCGAGGCCAGCAGCAGCACCAUCAGGCACAGCAGCUGCAGCGCCGCCAUUGUGCACAAGAUUCUCAAUAUAACCGACGAGCCGGAGCUGAGGGAUCGGCUGUUCCGUCUCUCACUGCAGCUCUCCCAUCGCAAAGUCAAAUUCACCGCCGCUGGAUUGUUUCGCUUGGAUCGCACGCUUAUUUUCACGAUAACUGGCGCCGCUACAUGUUACCUCAUUAUACUAAUACAAUUUCGCUCCACUCAUCAUGUUGAAGACUUUGGAAGUACAAAUAAUACGGACUAUAUGUAACUGAACUAAGAUUAACAUCGUCUUUUAAAAAUCUUUGU